AUGGUGGUGAUGAAGAUGAAGUUCCCGUUUGAGAAAAGGGUGAAGCUGGCCCAGGGACUGUGGCUGCUGUCGUGGUGCGCCACAGUGGCCGGAGCCAUGACCUUCACCCUCGGCUGCAUCCUCAAAACGGAACUACGCCGGAGGGGAGAGGUAAUGGACAACACCGACAUACAUAUUGUACCCAACACUCUCAUGAUCGUCGGUCUGGCGUCUCUGGGAAUCAAUUACUUUGCGGGAAAGAUUGGCCAAGAUGCGUUGGACGCCGGCAGAUUUCCUCGCUGGAAGAGCGUGUUGAAGCCCUACUUUGCAAUCUCCAGCUUCUUCACUGUCCUCAUGCUCCUUGCUGUUAUUAUGAGCUACGCCAUGAAGGGCAGCCUGGAGUCCUCACUAAAGGUGGGCCUGAGAAACGGCAUUCGCUUUUACAAAGACACAGACACCCCAGGGCGCUGCUUUCAAAAGCAGAACAUCGACCGACUACAGAUGGAGUUCCAGUGUUGUGGAAACAAUGACUUCAGGGACUGGUUCGAAGUGCAAUGGAUCAGCAACCGCUACCUGGAUUUGAGCUCAAAAGAAGUCAAAGACCGAAUCAAGAGCAAUGUGGAUGGCCGGUACUUGGUAGAUGGAGUCCCAUUCAGUUGCUGUAACCCCAGUUCUCCAAGGCCAUGCAUCCAGUAUCAACUAAUGAACAAUUCUGCCCACUAUAACUACGACUACGAGACGGAGGAGCUCAACAUCCACACAGGCGGCUGCAGAGAGGCUUUGCUCGAAUACUACAUGGGCCUGAUGAACACCAUUGGUGGUGGUGUGCUGUCCGUUUUCCUCCUACAGGCGUCUGUUUUGGUGAGUUUACGUUUCUUGCAGACUUCUAUGGAAGCAGUGGCAGGAAACGAGAACACAGAGAUUGAGACGGAGGGUUACCUGCUGGAGAAAGGCGUGAAGGAUACUGUGCUGGAGUAUUUAGACCCAGUGUUGAAGUUCCUCCUGCUUAAGAACCAGGUUCAAGAGGGCGAUGAGACAGCAGGUCCGGCCAACGCCUGA